UUGGCUCGGCGAAAUUUCGCAAAGUUGCGCGACAUUUUGUUGCGGAAGGCGGCUUGACUGUUAGCUGUCAUCCUGCUCAACCCCUCCAGCCCCUCCUUGUUUUGCUGCUACCGAGAGCGAUGUUGUAAUGUUUACAUUUAGUGCAAGCACGGCGGCUCCUCUCUUUUUCACCGUCAUCAAAUAGGUGCAGAAAGUUGGACGCGUUCAGAACACUGACGUAGUCGCUCCAGCGCUUUGGAGUUUAGAUUAAAUUACACAACAUAAUUCCAUAAGUAUCUGUAGACAAAACGGGCCUCGCACAUGACACGGAAUCUACUUCGGUGAUCAUCAAGUGCAGCAUCAGAUUUUGCAGCUGGAGCCGACGUUGGCCUGCAAAAGGCAUAGAUGAAAGUUUUCUCCUGACAUGCAGAGAGCUGACUAGAUCAGGAAAGUGCAAUGUUACAUAACCAGGACGCUCUGGCCUCCAGUGAGAGUCAGCACAGAGCUCAGUGAAAGUUUGGUCAGGAUUUUAAAAAAAGCAUUAGGUUGUCUGAAAGCUUGCUGUAACUUGCAUAAAUAAGUUUUGAAAUGUGAAGUUAGUAGUUAAUGCGAUGUUAUUAGUGAAGUAACUUCUCUUAAAGGGAAAGGCGCCCAAAGUCUUUGUAGGUUCACUAGAUCUGUUUGUGUUAUGACUGUUAUAUUCGCUAAAUCACCGUAAACCCAUAGUCGCUGUUAACCUGUUCAACUCUGCUCCAGACAAACAAAAUAGCUGUUUACAUUUGUGUUGUUCCUUGCACGGAUUAAUUUUCUUGCACGAGUUUUGCAGAAAUAUACAAAGCAUAAAUUGAACUGAUAUUCUAGUGCAUGUUCUUUAUUUAAGAUCGCAUUUCCUUUUAAUCCACAGUUAAUUCUAAACCUGGAUUUUUACAGCUGUUAAUAAUAGCAUUGUCUUCAUUGUGAGCUACUAUGUGACCAUCAUUUUAUUUGCUGCUGAUUCUCUGGAAUCUUUUUCCUGUGAAGAAUAAACUAAUAAUUUUUUCCACUCUGUUCUAUUCCAGAAGAAAACAAAGAGCAAACAAAUGUACGCUAAAGUUAUAUAGUGUAAUUCUAUUUAUUUACUUUUAGGUUUCCUUGCCACGUAUGAGGGAGCAUUUCAUUAAUAAGCCAGUAACAACAGGCGCCGCUUGUUUUGAUACAUUGUAGCUAAGACUCUGUCUGGGAUGUCUGCUGUCUGCGAUUUCUCUGCCCUUAUUGGUCGCCGACAUGAGGGGGGCGGGGCUUUAUCAUAACAAUGCACUUCAAGAAUCAUACACGCGCCAACGGGAUGUUUUCUGUCGUUGGGGAAAUAACCUUCGCUUAGAACGACUGUUAACGGCGUUUCCCCUCUCAGGUAGACGGUGUCGGUAACGGUUAGCGUUUCCAUGGUUUCCGGGGAGCACGGCUCUCCUAUGCAGCAACUGAGAGCGUGUGUAAGGUGGCUAACGUUAGCAAGCUAGUACCCUCUCAGUCGGGGGUGGGGGGGCACGUUUAUUGUCAGAUAUCUGACGGAAGAAACGGCAGUCUGUUGAUGGCCUGUUACCACUACAUUCUGUGUUGGACAAGGAAAUUCGCUUAGUCGAAAUCCUUUGAAAAUAAACAACUCGAAUGGGAUACGAGAUUUCGGAAGCCGAAACACCUGCAGCCCUCUCCAAUCACCAAGGAAGCAAACUAGCUAAGAAAGGUUAAGACAAUCAGAGGCCACAUACAAGUGCCUCCACUGUACACUUUCUUUCCCCAGAGUGUGACUCGUCUGCACGACGUCACCAAUGCGACCAUGGGAAUUAGCAGUAAAUAGGCUGCCACCAACAGCCCCCUUAAACUCCAGGAGGUUCCUCGGAGAGCCCUGCAACGCCCCAGUGCAUCUCAGGAGAAGCCCACCAGUGAGACGGCAGUGGGGGAGACGAGACAGACCUGUACUGCACACUUCCCAGGUCCAGGAUGAGAACUUCCACCACCUGUUUUUCUCCCAACACCCCCAACAGGUUCCUUUAGAUGAGUCCAGACAGUACAGCCACACCAGCACAGCACCACGCAUGCUUCACCCUGCGACCCACCUGCCCCAGCAGAGCCCCAUCAUGGUGGAUCUACAUGACCAGAUGCACCAGGGAUCCGUUCCAAUAUCUUACACUGUUACGACGGUGACGACCCAUGGAUUUCCCAUUCACACUGGGCAGCCCCUUCCAGGGUGCAACACUCAGCAGCUCCCAGCAUGCUCGGUAAUGUUCAGCGGACAGCUCUCUCUGCUCUGCUGCCUUCCUCCUCCUCUCAUACAGGCAUGUACCAUGCAGCAUAUACCUGUGUCUUAUCAAGCUUUUCCACCGCUGAUGUCCAGCGAACAUUUUGUAUUGCACCCGACCCCAUCUGUACCCCCCCACCAGCCGCCGCACCUUACUCCUUUGAGCCAGUUUGUCCCUUUACAGCCUCAGCACCCACGCAUGCCUCUACAGAGGGUAGACAAUGAAGUUGACCUAAGAGGGGACCAGCACCCAUUAGGCACCUUCUCUUACCCUCCCUCUCAUCAUCCACCAGCGCUGCCUCCUUCACUGCCCCUACAGUAUCUUCCUCAAGAGCCUCUGCAUCAGGAGCUUCCCUUCGGAGUGCCAUAUUCCCACAUGCUGCCACGGCGAGUGAACGGACAAAGAUUUCGGUUGCAGCAGCCUCUCCCACCUCCUCCUCCACCUCCGUCUUACUACCCUGGCUUCCUCCCUUACUUCCUGUCAAUGCUUCCUGUGCCUCCAACAGCAGUGGGCCCAGCCAUCAGCUUAGACCUGGAUGUGGAUGAUGUGGAGAUGGAGAACUAUGAAGCACUACUGAAUUUGGCAGAGAGGUUGGGUGAAGCAAAACCACGUGGACUCACAAAAGCAGACAUAGAGCAACUUCCGUCCUACAGAUUCAACUCAGAGAAUCAUCUAUCUGAACAAACGCUGUGUGUUGUGUGCUUUAGUGACUUUGAGUGUAGGCAGCUACUUCGAGUGUUACCUUGUAACCACGAGUUCCAUGCUAAAUGUGUGGAUAAGUGGUUAAAGACCAAUCGCACUUGCCCAAUCUGUCGAGCGGAUGCCUCGGACGUCCACCGGGAGGCGGAGUGAGACAGGUCUCUGAGUGUUGAACUGGAAUGCUGCACCCACCAGAGUCUGUCUCAAAUGCUGGGGACACCUGCCACAUAACCUGCGUCCUCCAGUAAAUAUAGCUUAACAAACCCUCUACUCCUGCCCCUCAGUUGACGAUAAGGAAACCCAGGAUUGUUUCUGGAGCACGUUGUUCCUCCGCUGUGCUUCGUUGUGCGAGUGUCACGAAACCCACUGCCUACAGCCAGAGUUCUGGGAUUGCCAGCCACUUCUGUCUCUGCCCCCCCACAUUGCAGAUUCCAAAGAUUUUCCCCUACAAUGCAUUAUUUGCUGCUUUUGUUUACAGGGUUUCCUCUUUUUCAUUUGUGGAUUUUUUUGGUAGUGUUCACAAAAAAAAAAAAAAAAGUAGGAGUCCUGGCAUUGGAGGAGAUGAGUCAGGAAGCCUGGAGGAUGGCAGGCUUGGACGCCUUGUGCAAUUAGCAGAAGAAAAAAAAAUAUUAGGAGUACUUCAACGUGGGUUUCUGUGUUCAGAGGCGACGCUUAACCAUCGGAGAUGCAUGUUUGUGUUGGUGUAUGGCAAAGUGACUUGUUAAUAAUGUAUGUUCUGCAAUAACGUAUCGAUUGUUUUUAAUAGAUUUCCUCCUUAAUUGUUUGAAACUUUGCCAAUGCUGUUGUGAAAGUGUGAUUUGCUGCGGUGGCAUACAGAUUCGGCUAAGCCCGAGGUCGUGGACUGCAAGCGGACAGGACGUGCAUCUUAUAGGGGCGUCUCCGAGCCCUCAUAAUCUUCUCUGGAACACAGAUCUGUACAAAAGCAGUGAUGGAUUGAUGGAUUUUUAUUUUUUUUUAAUUUUUUAUUUGUUUUUUGGGUGGGGGGGGUUGUGGGGUCGUCCGCCGUUAACUGCACAAGUGCUACAAUCCUCUCUCCACGUCGGCAUUGUUUCUCUAGCAAAUGCGUGCGUAUGUGAGCGCGUUUGCGCGUGCGUGUGUGUGUGGAUGUUUGUCCUGUUCACAGAGCCAAUGCAUUUUGUGUAACCACUGGAUACAGGGCAGCAUGCUAGGAUUUGCAUGAACUGUUGAUUCAGACUAGCAAUAUUAUCAAGCAUUGCCACCAAAAUGAUUCACUUUUAAGAAAAGAUGAGACAUAGAAGCAUACUAAAAAGAACUGCUUGCUCACCCAAAAAAAAAAAAAGAAAAAAAAAAAAAAAAAAGCACCACUGGGGGGGGGGUAGCAUGUGGUUACACUCUGGUUGUUUUAAAAGAAAGGAAGAGCUCGUCUAAAGGCGCCGCCGAUACUGACGAGUUCUGGAAGCCCGUGCAGGAAGCAAUACGUGCUGUGAGCGGACAUUUUCUUCCCCUUUUAGGAAGACUUUGGCUUUUUAUUUCUUUCUUUGUGAGCCAAAUCCAAUAUACGUAUUUAGCCUACUGUUAAAUAUUUCAGAUCUGCCUUUUUAUGACGUUGACAAGCACAAACCUGUUACUAAUCCUAAAAAAAAAAAAGUACUUUGUCGUUUCCACUUCUUCGAAUAGUUUUUAAAAGAAGAA